GCGGGGCCAACCUGAGCGUCACCGGCGGCAGCGCCGGUCUCGGCCGAGGAGCGCCGAGAAGUGCCGAGUUUAGCCGAGCGGAGCCGGGUUCAGCCGAGCGGAGCAAAAUGCAGCGGCUGCUGCGCAGGGCGCGGAUCCCCCCCGUUCGGACCGCCCCGGCUCGGACCGCCCCGGCUCGGACCGCCACGGUUCGGACCGCCACGGUGCGGACGCGAUCGGCCGCGGCGGGGACCGCUCCGCUCGGGCUGCUCUAUGAGCGGCACGGGGAGCCCGCAGCCGUCGUGCAACUGAAGAAUCUGGAAGUGCCCAAACUGGGGGACUGCGAUGUCCACGUCAAGAUGCUGGCAGCCCCCAUCAAUCCUGCCGACAUCAACAUGAUCCAAGGGACCUACCCCCUCCUGUCUCCGCUGCCAGCCGUGGGAGGGAACGAAGGUGUCGGGGAGGUGCAGGAGGUUGGGCGGCGUGUGGCAGCUCUGAAACCCGGGGACUGGGUCAUCCCCGCGGACUCCGGGCUCGGGACGUGGCGGACGCGGGGAGUGUUCCCUGAGGAGAUGCUGCUGAAGGUGCCCAGUGACAUCCCGGUGCUCUGUGCUGCCACUCUGAGCGUCAACCCCUGCACGGCGUUCCGAGUGCUGGCCGACUUCGAGAGCCUGGCGCCUGGUGACUCCGUCAUCCAGAAUGCCGCCAACAGUGGUGUGGGCCAAGCCGUCAUCCAGAUCGCCAGGGCCUCUGGCAUCAAGACCAUCAAUGUGGUGAGGGACAGACCUGAUCUCCCGAAGCUGGUGGAGAGGCUGAUGGGCCUGGGUGCUGACCACGUUGUCACAGAGGAGAUGCUGAGAAAGCCAGAGAUGAAAUAUAUAUUUAAGAGCACCCCGAGGCCCCGGCUCGCCCUGAACUGCGUUGGAGGCAAAAGCACCACGGACAUGCUGCGGCACCUGCAGCCCAAGGGGACCAUGGUCACCUACGGGGGGAUGGCAAAACAGCCUGUGAUGGUGCCUGUGGUGUCACACAUUCCACAGAGUGCCUUCAUCUUCCGGGACGUGCGGCUCCGUGGGUUCUGGAUGACGCAGUGGCGGAGGGAGCACGCGCAGGACCGGGAGGGUGUGGUGGCGAUGAUGGACGCCCUGUGCCAGCUCAUCCGCGGGGGCCAGCUCACAGCCCCGGCCUGCACUGAGGUCCCCCUUCAGGACUACAGGACAGCGCUGGAGGCCUCCAUGAAGCCCUUCGUGUCCUCCAAGCAGAUCCUCCUCCUCUGACCUGCGCUCCUAGAGAACUGUCCUGUUCCAUGUGCUUGUCCACAGACUUGAAGGGGGGAAAAGAUCCUCCAGAUCCAUCGAAUUUCUUUUUUCCUUUGUUUUUCACAUUUCGAGUGCCCACUGAAAGUUUUAAAAGCCUCCGCAGCUUUGUGUGGAAGUGCUGCAGGAAGGAGGCUGCAUCUCACUGUGGCUGGGGGGAGUUAGGGAGCCCAAAUGAUGGCUCACUCAGCUCAGGGUGUGAAAAGAGCAGCAGUUCCCCCUCACAUGUACUUCUGGGGCUGUCAGGGCUGCAGUUAUCCCAGCUGGAAUGUGGGAUGGGCAGGAAAGCCCAAGUCAUCUCCCUGCAGUCCUGCCUCCAAGCCUGCUCUGAGUAGGAGGAGGAAGAGGCACGAACUGCCCCCAAUGCUGUGGCUGGAGUGGCCCUAGGUGCUGCUGCAGCUCCUGGAGGAGCCCCGGGUCACCCCUGGCUGGGUUUUGCCCAGGGCACUGCAAGAGUCAGAGCUUUUGGCCAUCAAGGGCUGGAGGCAGACCCUCAGGCAGUCCCCAAAGGUCCUGCCCAGGUGUGGGACAGUGACUGUGACACUGCAGGGGAAUGUGAAAAGAUUUAUUAUGGAGAACAACCAACAA